GUGAAACUUCGCGAUAUAACCAAUAGUGUAAAUCAUACAGAUGCGCUUCAUGAUGGAGUCUUGAGAUGGCGCCACAAUGGGGUUGGCUCUUGGUAGUAAAAUGGAAAAAACGUGGGGUCUUUCGCAUUAGCCUGUACGGGGCUUAUACAUGCAAGAUACUGUAUCGUAUCUUAUGUUUUCUUUGACUUUUGAUGUAAUUGUCGUGUGUUAACGAGUCAAUUGAAUGCCUUGAACUGUAUACUUUAUUAAAUUAUCGAUUCAGUUAUUAAGUACUGGUAUAUAAGCAUUUUGAUAAAAUGGCUAUGCUUGCUGAACCUCGCCGGAAGCAGAAAUGGACGCUCAAUCCACGAGGGAAACAGUGGAGUGAUGAUACGAAUAAGUUUGGGCAAAAAAUGCUUGAGAAAAUGGGAUGGUCCAGGGGAAAAGGUCUUGGUGCCAAUGAACAGGGAAUGACUGAACAUGUCAAAGUCGGUUUCAAGAAUGAUCAGGCUGGUAUCGGAUACAAGGACAAUGGUGAUCAAUGGACUCAACAUCAAAUAGAUUUCAAUGAAUUCUUAUCCCAGUUACAAACAGAUGGUGGACCUGAAGUAAAACCUAAUAGUAAGGAGGGUGAGCUCAGUGGUAAAUCAUUAGAAGUUAAAUCCAAGCUAAGUCGUGCUCGAGUACACUACCAUAAAUUUACUCGUGGAAAGGAUGUUAAUAAGUAUAGUGCCAAAGACCUUGCUACUAUAUUGGGAAAGAAAGAUCCAAUAGCAAAGAUCAGUGCUGAAAGUAUAAAUACACCAACAGAAAUUACAGAGCCUAUUGGCAGUAAAGACAAUACAGGUGGAGUGCUUACUAUUAAGGGUGGUAAUAUCAGUGACUACUUCAAGAAUAAGUUGCCAAUCUUUGUAAAGAAACACAAUGGGGAAGUGAAUGCAGAAGAUAAUUUUUAUGAUAGUGAAACAGAACAACGCGUAGGUUUUGGUUUUAAUAAUAUAAAACAAGAAAUCGAAUUGUCUCAGUGUGAGGAGGAGAAAAAUAAAUUUGUCUUUGAAAAUCCUGCUUUGGAUUUCAACAGUCCUGGGAAAGAACAAUCCAUGCCAAAGAAAAGAAAAAGUGAAUUUGUAUUUGAAAAUCCAGGAUUAGAUUUGGACUAUCCUGAGAAACCAAAGAGGUCAAAAUCGAUUUCAUUGAAAACUAUAACAAUCACUGAUGAUUCAAAUACUUCUAUCCAUGACAAAGGUUUUGUAAAUAUUGCUCUAAAUCUAGACACUCCUGCCGAUGAUACUUGCAAUGGUAUUGAAUUUGAAGUGUCCAGAGUAGCAUUUGGUGUGGACAACAAUGCUUUGGACAUAACUGAUGAGACAAACACAAAGAAACGAGUCACAUUCAAUAAUAAGGUGGAGUACAGUACUGAUCAAGUGGAGAAGGAGAAGAAGAAGAAGAAAAAGAAGAAGGCAAAGAGGAAAUUGGAUAAAUUCGAGGUUGAGAACGAAAAUUCCAAAAAAAAAGAAAGGAUUGAAAAUUUGGAACAGACUCCUGAUGAAACAAUUGGUUUUGUGAACGAGGCCUUAGACAUAGAGAUCCUUAGCGAGGAAAUAAAUGAUAAUGAAGUAAAUGAGCGGAAGGGUAAGAAAGCUCAAAGAAAAAAAGAAAGAAGGAUGUCAAAUCUAGAGACUAUUCAAGAAGCUCCCGAGGAAGACCGAGAGGUCGACAACGUGAAUGUUGAAAUGAACCAAAUUAUUGUUUCUGAAAGUGAGAUCAUAAACGUUGAAGAGGCAGAAACGCCAAAACAGAAGAAAAAGAAGAAAAAGGACAAGGAGGAAGCCGUUGCACCCGUAAUCAUGCUGGUGGACAAUGAACCAGGCAUAGAAUUUUCGAAAAAGAAGAAAAAGAAAAAAGACAAGAAACCCGAAGUGGAAUCUUUUGUAGAAGAGAUGCUAAAAAAAAAGAAGAAAGAACCAAAAGUGGACACAACCACAGAGGAAGGAAAGGAGAACUUGGAGAAGUUACCAGAAGACAUACUGGAAGUUGAUGUUAAGAAGAAAGAAAAGAAAAGUCGAAAAUUUAUUGGCGAUGCCACAGCAGCUGAUUCGAUUUCUCUGGAAAAUGAGGAACUUAAUGAGAGUAGAAAAAAUACAAAGAGGAAAAGGGAAAGUACGGAACACGUCGAGAGACCGUCGAAGAGAGAUGAAACAGAAGAAUUUCAAGGAGAAGUUACUAAUUUGGAGUUGAAAUGUAAUAUUCAUAGCCCCUGGAAUAGACACCGAAAAAACAAGAAAAUCGUCAAAUCUUUCUUUGCUCGUAGCCCCAUUCUUCAUUUCAAUGGGUCAAAUAUAAAUGAGAUUAAAGGAUAUGGUGCCGAUAUCAAAUGAUCCCUGGCACCCAUUACAAAUUUAAAAUAUUUAUUUAAGCAAAAUGUCUAUUUUUAGACAAAAAUUAAUUAUCAAUGCUGAACAACUAUGCAUAAUUGUGAAAUAAUAAAUACGAAGUUGAUAAAAACAA